GUCGGAGGCUGGCAGGGACGCGGCGCUCGUGUGCUAGCGCGGACACUUGAGGCGCGACGACCUCCUCCUCACUGAACCCUCCGAGGCUGCAGCCAUGAAGGAGAGACGGGCACCGCAGCCAGUGGUGGUCAGGUGUAAGCUCGUGCUGGUGGGAGACGUGCAGUGCGGGAAGACGGCGAUGUUACAGGUGCUAGCGAAAGACUGCUAUCCCGAGACCUAUGUGCCUACGGUGUUUGAGAAUUACACAGCCUGUUUGGAAACAGAGGGACAGAGAGUGGAGCUUAGUCUCUGGGACACCUCAGGCUCUCCUUACUAUGACAAUGUCCGUCCACUCUGCUACAGCGACUCAGAUGCAGUAUUGCUAUGCUUUGACAUCAGCCGUCCAGAGACCAUGGACAGUGCACUCAAGAAGUGGAGGACAGAAAUCCUAGACUACUGUCCCAGCACACGUGUUUUGCUUAUUGGCUGCAAGACAGAUCUUCGAACAGACCUGAGCACUCUAAUGGAACUGUCCCACCAGAAGCAGGCUCCCAUCUCCUACGAACAGGGCUGCGCAAUAGCCAAGCAGCUGGGCGCAGACAUUUACCUGGAGGGCUCGGCUUUCACUUCUGAGACGAGCAUCCACAGCAUCUUCCGGACAGCAUCCAUGGUGUGUCUGAACAAGUCUAGCCCAGUGCCCCCAAGGAGCCCCGUCCGCAGCCUCUCCCAGCGACUCCUCCGCCUCCCCAGUCGCUCUGAACUCAUCUCAACUACAUUCAAGAAGGAAAAGGCCAAAAGCUGUUCCAUCAUGUGAAGUUGGAGCCGGAGGGGGGGGGGACAGCCCCCCACUUCCUCCCUUGGGGUGCAGAGGCACGGGGAGAGGGAGGAUGAGACAGCUUGAGACACCGGAUGUGACGGUUUUCAGAUGGCCACAGAAGGCUUUAGAAGGAGACAGGAAUGGGACUGAAGAAGAUGCCGGGCCUGGCAGGAGGGCCUGACAUUAAGCAAAAACCAUCACACCCCAAGCCCGGCACUAGGCUGUGGAGGGGGUCGUUGCCCCAGUGUCCCCCUACUCCAGAGAAAGGAUGGGUACUGGGGAGAUGGGAACAUGCUGGCCUCACCUUCUACAUCACGCCUCUUCCAUACAGCAUUCCCAUGCAGGCUUGGGGUGGGCGGGGCCCUCUAUCCCUUCUCUUCCCCUUUAAGAAGUGGCAAUGGACUGGAGGAUGGAAAAGGCUGGAGGCAGCUCCCUUGGGGGCUUAAUCCAGCUGCUCCAUCACUGAAACCAGGAGGGCGAGGGCUGACCAGACCUAAGAGGGAACCCUCAUUUUUGACUAACCCAUGCAUCAUGGAGAGGUGACAUCAUACAUUCACAUGCUUCUUACUGAAGUCCCCAGGGCCCAAGAGAGAAGCCCCAGACCCCCUUCUCUUGCAGAAUGUGGGGGUGGUGGUGCUGUGGGGGCAGGACUGAUGGGAGGGGGCUCACCAGACUUUCCUGCUCCUAGGGCGGUACAGUUGGCAUUUGUUUUAUAGACUCUUGUCUUUGGAACUGGGGGGUGGGGGUGGGGGAGCGUUUCAAUCUGUUAUAUGUUCCGUGUUUAAAGAAGAAAACCUAUUUAUUAAUGAAAUAUA